AUGCUGCAGCACGAUACGGCUGCUCAGCAGCAAGCUGCUGCGGCUCCUCCUCUUUGUGCUGCUGCUGCUGCUGCUUCUGCUGCUGCUGCUGAUCCUGCUGCUGCUGCACUCCAAAUGGGGAACGAAGGCGCUGCGGGAACGGCCCCGGGAGCGGAUCCAGCUGCUCCCCCUGCUGCUGAGCCAGCAGCAGCAGCAGCAGCAGCAAAAGCACUAAAUGCGCCGCGGGGAGCAGAUGCAGCAGCAACAGCAGCAGAAGGCCCUGCAGCAGCAGCAGAAUGCCCUCCAGCAGCAACAGCGUCAGUGGCAGCCUCAGGGCAGCAGCCGCAGGCCUCGCAGCAAGCAGCUGCUGCUGAACUGUCUGCAGCAGCAGCAACAGGAGCAGCAGCAGCAGCAGAAACGUCCGCUCCCCCGCCCUUCGCUGCUUUAAAUGGAGCAGCACCAGCAGCAACAGUAGGAGCAGCUGCAGCCGCUGCAGCAACAGCUACGGCAGCAACAGCUGCAGCAACGACAGCUGCAGCGGCAACGACAGCUGCAGCAGCAACAGCUGCAGCAACGGCACCAGCUGCUGCCCCAGAAGCGGAAUCAGCAGCAGCAGCAGCAGCAGCACCAGCAACACCACCUCCUGCUCCUGCUGCAGCAGCAACGGCAGCAACACAGCCCCUUGCUCCUGCUGCAGCAAAUUCGUCAUUUGCUGCAGCGUCAGCGCCGGCAGCAAGACCAGUUAUGCCUGCGAGCAGCAGCAGCAGCAGCAGCAAAAGCAGCAGCAGCAGCAGCAGCAGCAGCAUCACGUGCAGCAGUCUUCGGGAGGCACUAGAGAAGGAAAUUGUAAUAGACGGAGAGACAGAGAUAGAUGACCUGAUUGUAGCUGCUCAUGUUGCUCAGGCCGACGCGCUGCUGCUGCAGCAGCUGCAGCUAGCUGACCCCAUUCAAUCGAAGCUUCGGCAGCGCCCGCCUGCUGCUGCUGCCCGUCGCAGCAGCAACAGCAGCAGCAGCGACAGCAGCGACAGCGAGAGCGAAGCAGCUGCAGCAGCCCCUUCAAAAGCUGCAGCAGCAGCAGCAGCAGCAGCACCAAACGGCAGCCUAGCAGCAGAGGGAGCGCUUGAGCAGCAGCGGCAGCUGCUGCAGCAAUGGGAUCCGAUGCGGGCAGAAGGAAGUGCAGCAGCAGCUGAUGGAGGCGCAGCAGGCGCAGCAGCAGCAGCAGCAGGGGCAGCAACAAAGGCAGCAGCAGCAGCAACUCCAGCAGCAACAGCAGCAGCUGGAGAGGCGAUGGAUGCUGACUGCUGCAGCGAAGAAGAGGACGGGGGCAGCGCCACAAAGGAGGAGCUACGCACACUCAUACAACCCAUUGAGGUCGCGGGGCUGCCGCAGUUUGUGCCUGAGGGGGGGGAGCUGCUGCGCUGCGGGCGGGUGGAGUCUGUCUUGGGGGAGGCUCUUUGCAUAAAAGCAGAACAAGGUUCAAACCCGAUGGACUUGGGCUCUGUGGUUUGCCUGCCAGACCGUCGUAUUUUAGGGGUGGUGGCUGACACCUUCGGGCCUACGGCGUCGCCGUUUUAUGUGGUGUACGUACAGCAGGAGGUCUUGGCUGCAGCAGCAGGCAGCCUCAAACCGGGUGUGGAGGUGAUGUGCGACGUUGCGCAUGCCUCCUUCCUUCUAGACCAGCAGGGGAAGGCGCUGGACUAUCUGCACUCCAGCAGCGGGCCCUUUAGCGGGCAUCCUGAUGAUGGCGGCUGGGAAGACGACUCGGAGGAUGAUGAUGAGCAGCAGCAGCAGCAACAAACUCAGCAGCAGCAGCAGCAGCAACAGCAGCAGCAGCGGCAGCAGCGCAGGGGGAAGGCAGCUUCAGCACAGCAGCAUUAUGGCGAAGCUGGCAGCACUGUUUCGAAGCAGCAGCAGCAGCAGGGAGGCAAAAGAGCGCGCUCGCGCAAGGGGAGGGCGCAGCAGCAACAAGAGCAGCAGCAGCAGCAGCAGCACCUACAGCAGCAGCAGCAGCAGCACCUACAGCAGCAGCAGCAGCAGCCCAUCGGUGCACACGCUUUCUCUCGUUCACCGCCUUGGCAGCAGCAGCAAAUGCAUGCAGCAGCUGCGAUCCCCCCGCCGCCGCCGCCGCUGCCCGCGCAGGGGCAUUAUCUGCAGCAGAAGCAGCAGCAGCAGCAGUACAUGCAGCAGCAGCAGAUGGCGCCACAGUUCAUGCAGCAGCAGCAACAGCAGCAGCAGCAGGUGCAGUACCAGCGGCAGUGCCAGCCUCCUCAGCCGCCGCCAUACUCAAUGCAGCAACACCAAGGGGGUUUAGUGCAGCAUCCGCAGCAGCACGGCUAUCCGCUGCAGCAGCAGCAGCAGCAGCCACAGGCCUAUAUGCAGCAGCAGCAGCAGCAGCCACAGACCUACAUGCAGCAGCAGCAGCCGCAGCCGCAGGCCUACAUACAGCAGCAGCAGCAGCCGCCGCAGGUCUACAUGCAGCAGCAGCAGCCGCAGCAGCAGGCUUACGCCCAGCAGCAGCCGCAGCAGCAGGCCUACGCCCAGCAGCAGCCGCAGCAGCAGGCCUACCUCCAGCAGCAGCCGCAGCAGCAGGCCUACCUCCAGCAGCAGCCGCAGCAGCAGGCCUACGCCCAGCAGCAGCCGCAGCAGCAGCCUUACUGGCAGUAG